UGGCUGUCUGACACACUGUUGGAUAUGCUAAAGAUUGUGCUUGAUGUUCUAGAUGAGGAGUUGGGAUUUGGGCUUGUUUGUCCCUCAUGAGUAGAGUUCAUUUCCAGACCUACUUCUGCUUUGGAUGACAAUGGAAAAAUCUAGAUUAGAGAGAAGCAGGACACGGAAAUCAGCAAGGUCAAGAUAUUAAAACAUGACUUGCUUUGCCAUGCCACACUCAAAUCUUCAUUUAAGAUUCCACUGGCUUAAAUACCCAUAAUUGUUACAUUGUUUGGUAUUUACCUUUCUCCAGAGAGAAGUACAGCUGGAUAUAGGGGACAUCUUUUUUGCCAAGGUAAGCUGAGAGGUUUAUUUCAGCUGGACACUUCAACGGUUUUGAGAUGACUGGAGCUUUGCAUAUGGGACUCAUACUCUUUGCAUUGAUGGUGGGAUGUGAAAGUGAGCCAACAAAUGCUGGGACAGAUAGAGUGAGAGGCUCACAUGAAACGCCAGGAGAGUCCAAACUGGUCCAUCUAACGUCCAACUUUGCCUUCCAGCUGGUCAAUGACUCUCUGGCCUUUUCCAGGGCUGAGAGUUUUUGCAGAGGCCAGUUCAGCUUCCUCUCCAGCCUGGACCAGGAGGAGGACCUAGAGGGAGCUUUUGAGCUACUUCAACAGGCUGGACUUCACUCACCUAUCUGGGUCAGCAACCCUAGCAAAGCAGCAUCCAAGCCUGUGGCCCUCACCAAGCAGUAUGUCCAGUUCUCAGCUUUAAAGUUUCAAAAGGAAUCCCGUGAGGGCUUCGCUCGUGUCAACAUGUCCUUCCCUUCCCUGUCGUCUGUCAGCGUGUGUGUACGAGUCCAAUGGGACAUAGUAUGGAAUGAGGUUUCAACCAUAUUCUCCUACGCUGCGCCUAUCUUCACCAAUGAGUUCCAGCUACGAGGCCAAGUGGACAUGCAAGAACGCAUCCUCCUUGCACUCAUCAUCCAUGGAAAGCACCUACCGUAUAAGGCAUCCUUCCCCAAUGAUGGCGCUUGGCAUCACAUCUGUGUAACAUGGCACCGCGUUAGUGGCAACUGGGCUAUUUAUGUGGACGGCAUCAGGAAGGACAUGGGUUCAGACACAGACACUUCCAGGGACAUUCAUGGAGAUGGGAUUCUCAUCCUGGGUCAGGACCAGGACUCCUUUGGAGGGAAUUUUACAGAGCCCUUUUUUGGAACCCUCACUGACCUGAAUGUUUGGAAUACGUCUCUUGAAGCGAGGCAAAUACGAGCCCUUAAUACAUGUACAUCCAUGACCCAGGAAAUGCUUUUCAGCUGGAACCCACACCACUUAAGCAGCCACCAAUCAGUGAAAGAGGUGCAGGCACUUCUUUUUUGCCCAGCAGUAAACCAACAGAUGGAGCUGCAGGGCUGCAGGAUGCUGAAGAGCUGGUCAGAGCAGCUGCCAGUGUUUGGCCUGACCGACUGCUCUGAUCACCUACCAUUCAUCUGCACGAGCAGCAGAGAGUGUUACCUGAAGAUGAAGCAGAUGAGCGACUCUCGCAACUCUCAGCCUACUACCUUUAUGAACCAUCUAAUGAAGAUUUCCAAUCAAACCCAGCCAGUGCUGGGGCAGCAGUUAUCAGGUCUGAGCAGUGUGGCCCAGGCGUCGUCCCUGCUGGACAUCUCUGUCCAGGCCUUGGAGGACACACAGCAAGAGGGACUGCAGCCAAUGGACAUGGUGUCCCUCAUCCAGCUACUGUCUCUGGUUGCCGACAUCCCAGCACAGCCACCUGACUCUGUUAACCAUAGCCAGGAGAGUGUCCAGAAGCUGAGCCAGCACUUCAUUAGUGUGGCUGACAGCAUCAUCAGUGAAGACAACACCCUCAAGUGGCAGGCCAUCAGAGAGGUGGUGAAUGGCCCCAUGGAUGUGGUCAAGAGUAUUGACCGAAUGGUGACCAGCUUUAGCCCUCGCUUGAUGGCGGAGACUGAUCACCUGACCAUACAGAGUCCCAACAUCAAAUUGGAGGUCCAGCAACAGUCACUGCGUGAAGAAUUCAGAGCAUCAAGUUUCUGUGGGCCUGAGACAGCGAAACACACCAAUAUGGACUGUAUUUCAGUUUCACAUCAGAAGAUACUGGAUCUUCAUGAUAAUGGCUUCCACAAGCUCACAUUGGUCAACACAUGGUAUGGCUCUCCGCUGCCUCCUUUCAGUCCUGAGCAGAACAUCACCUUGGUUCCUACAGUCACAGACGGCAGCCAGAGGUACUUGGGCACUGUCUUGGGCUCCUCUAUCAUAUCCACCACAGUGCUGGGUGAUGACCAGCCGGUUAGCACGGCAGUUCGCUUCCAACUCCAGAACAGAGUACAGAAUCUGCCUGGUACUCUGUAUGAUCCAGUAUGUGCCUUCUGGGAUUUUGAUCUUAUUCCCGAGGCAGGUGGGUGGUGGAAUACCAAAGGCUGUGAGGUAGUGUCUAAAGAGUAUGGAUACACUGUGUGUCAUUGCAACCAUACCACCAAUUUUGCACUGCUCCUGCAAGUUUAUGAAGCCCAGAGGAGCCCCGAGAAUGAAAAAGCUCUACAGGUGCUGACGUUCAUCGGCUGUGGAGUGUCUCUGUGUGGCCUCCUCUUCACCUUCAUCCUCUUCAUCGCUGUGGGUGUCCCUAAAUCAGACCGCACCACUGUCCAUAAGAACCUGAUCGUCUCUCUGGGCAUCGCUGAGCUGCUGUUGAUGUGCAGCGAGUGGGCAACUGCUAACGAGGCAGCAUGCUUCAUGGUGACCGCACUUCUUCACCUCUUCUUCAUGGCCUCCUUCUCUUGGAUGCUGGUGGAGGGCUUGCUGCUUUGGAGCAAAGUUGUAUCAGUCAAUAUCAGUGAGGAUCGCAGGAUGAAGCUCUACUACAUCAUUGGCUGGGGACUUCCUGUACUAAUAGUUGGUGUAACAUUGGCUGUAUCAGUGGAUAAUUACAAGGCAGAUGAUCACUGUUGGCUAAAUGUGAAGACUGACACCAUCUGGGCCUUUGUGGGACCUGUUAUAUUUGUCUUGAUGGUCAAUGCAGUCGUGCUGUGUCGGGUUGUCAUGGUGACUGUUUCCAGUGCGCAUCGCCGCGCUAAGAUGCUCAGUCCAAGCUCGGCAUCAAAGUUGCAGACCUUUGACCUCACCUGGGCUGUGACUCGUCCUGUGCUCAUCCUGCUUCCUGUGCUGGGUCUCACCUGGCUGUGUGGAGUGUUGGUCCAUCUGUCUGUUGUUGUUGCCUAUGUUUUCAUCGCCCUUAACGCCUUCCAGGGCCUGUACAUCUUCUUAGUGUAUGCUGUUUACAACAGUGAGGUGAGGAAUGCUAUAAAGAGGAUCAAAGAGAAGAGAAAGGCCUUAUCUUUCACGAACUGUUCCCAGCCAACCAGCUUCCUGCCUUCCCAAAGGGCACCAAUAACUUCCUCCUGGUGCCGCAGUCACCCAACCUCCAGCCCUGAGACCAGCGAGACCUCCGGACCCCCCAGUUCAACAUCUGCCUCUUUGGUCAUCAAGAAUGAGAGUUUCAGAAAGGACAGCUUUGUGAGUUUCUCUCUUAAACCUGCAUCAGGGAACCAAGUGGUGCAGCUGACUGCAUUCAAACCAUCAGGCUGUUGAACUGCCAGUGGAGGUGGAUCAUGUUACUCAGCUUGGAGAGAAGGAAGAACUGGACACACACAAUCCACAAAUCCCACCUGAGGAAGUGAAUGACCGACACACCCACUGUGCUGGGCAGUCAGUACAAAUCAAUGUCAUUUUUAUAGGGAUAGUUCAGGUUUUAUGAAGUGUGGUUACACUGUGAGGGACACCUAACUUGAGACAUGGAUGCUCACAUAAAACAUGGCUGCCAGUGGGGACACAAACGCACAAAAACAUUUUAAUCACUCAACACUCUAUGGUAUCUUGAGAAUGUGUUUUAUUUACUCAUUAUACAACAGUUUGCACACCAAAGUCCAUAGAGUAAAGCAGUGUUUUAGCUCACAGGGACACAGGUGCUGCUGGAUUCUGCUGUCUUGUUUGGUAAGUUUGUGUGAGGUAAAUCUGAAUGAAGGAUUUCAAACACUGAAGUCACAAAGUAGCACAUUUGAUUUUACCAAAGGUAGCAGCAGUGGAUCAACAGCUUAUGUAUGCUGUGUAAUGUAUGUACAUGUAAAAUCACUCAUUUUCGGUAUGGACUUUGGUGCAGGUUUACAAUUUGCUGAAACUUUGGUUUCCUCUUGGACAAAGUUGUCUAAUGGCGAGAAAAAGUGGUGAAUAUAUUCUCAAGCAGAAGUGAAUGUUUUCGGUGUGCCAUGCUUUCACUGAGAGUGAGCAACAGUGUCUUGGUCUGUUUUUUGGUGCAGGGGGUGAACACAGUCGAACCACACUUCAAAAAACCUAUACCAUCAUUCUGUGUACUGUUCUGUGUACAUCCACAGACCUCACUGUGAACUGGUUGCAUUGGAGCCUGUACAGUAGACUAGAGCUAUUUCCAUUAAAAGUAUACUCAGUAGAUUACUCUUUGUAGUCAGGAAAUGCAUUUUGAGGUACAGUGUAUGUGCUUCAAUAAAACUACACUCUACGCACACUGAGUCUGUCAGCGUAGAUGUAUGUGUACUUUUCAUUAUUAUUGCAGUAACUAUUAUUGCUCACAUGCACCCACUAAGGACAGAAGUUGAUAGAUAUCCAUUAAACAUGAUCUUAUCAGCACAUAUAGAUGAAUCCAGCAAAGUACCACAAUACACAAGCCAGCAAUACAGCCAUCCCUGCAAUUACUGGCUUCUCUAUGCGAUUUGAAUGAACACUUUACCUUUUCAUGUUGUUCCCUUAUCUCCUGCUCCAACAGUAGCGAUAAAAUCAAUUUUUGUUGUAGAAGAAAAACACAAACCUUUACUUUAUAAAGAAUGUCUUUGAAUGACAAGUUCCUGGGUCAGCAAAAACCAGCGUCCUUCCAUCCAUCUAUCCAUUUCCUUCCUCUUUAUCCUCCACAUGAAGGUGAUAGAGGGAGCUGGAGCCAAAGGCAUCAUGGUACACGUAGGACAGUUCACCAGUGAGAAGCAGCAUGUUCAUCAUUUUUUAAUCUACUGUAUAUUGUAUCUGCUCUGUAACAUCAAUUACACUCUUCUGUCAGCAAGCUAAUAAGUUACAACCACAUCAGUUUAUGGCAUAGUACUUUAUUUAUUGAAUUGCAGUGCCGUUUAAGUGUCCCCUUUUUUGUAUUUUCUGCUAAAUGUGAUAUGUUUUCUGUAACUUUUGAAUAAUGCUCUCCCAAAUGUAUUUGUAGAGAGCCACAAGCCAUUAGAUAAAGGGAAUAAUUUGCAGCUGGAUUUGUCUAUAAAACACUUAACUCAUUUUAAUAUUAGUCUUCUUUCUCUUUCUUCUGACCUCAUGCUUUCAAACUAAUGGUUAAUGACAUAUUGUCCUAUAGUCAUCGUUUAGAUUUUAGGCCUUACUGGAAAGCGUCUUUGACUCUCAAGAAGGUCACCAGGCCUUUUUGUAUGGAGUUUGCAUGUUUUGUUUCUCCAUGUAUGCGCAUGGGCACCCCGGCUUCCUCUCUCAGCCCAAAAACCUGCAGAUGGGGAUUAGGUUAACUGGACAACUGAGUUAACUGGACACUAUUCAUAGGUGUGAGUGUGAUGGUUGUGGGUUAUUCAGCUCAUAGACCGAGGCAAUUGCUUUGCUUUUCUUGUUGUAAAAGCCCUGUGUUAAACUCAGCAAAACAGCAGUACAUACGUCUCUGUGCCUCUGCUGCACGCAUGAAGUGAUGAUGUGUAAAGAAAAAAACAUACACUGAUCUCCUACAGUGUUGUUAAAGUCAGACACGGCUAAAAAAAAUGGCUGAAUGAUAGCUAGCUAGCUAGCUAGGUCUUUUAUAAAACCUGUUGAAGGCUAAGCUCGAGUUCUUAGCUACAAUGGAUGAAUUGUAUUAUAUUGCAAUGUAUGGUAUGAACAUGGAAAGUUGAGUUCAUUGUUGCUCUACCUGAACGCUGGUAGUCUGCCAGAAAACAAAUGUUGCUGUUUUACUUAUCUGCAAAAUAUUUCUGUACAUUAUGUACCAAAUAAAAUGAUUGAAUCACAA